AGUCCGCCAUGUUGGCUCCGACCGCGCUGUGUUUUUAUCACGAAAUGUCCUUCCGUGGAUCCGGAAUGGCGCCGGUUUCGUCUCUCUGGUUUGGGCUGCGUGUUGUGAACGCGUUUGUAUUCCAAAGCGGCUGCUUAUGCUGCAGCGUAAUUGUAUUUUAGUUUGAUUUAUUAACGUUUUUUUUUAGUUAAAGUGACGGUUUAGAUGUGAAACGGAGGUCUUUGAGAUCGACUAAAGAAAGAAACAACGACAGCUUUACUCCGACUGCAGAGAGAGAGAGAGAGAGAGACAGAGUCUGAACGGAUCAGCCUCACUCAAAGGAAGUUUCUGAGAUGGAAGCAGCUCACAUCAGCCCAGAGCUUCCUAUUCGAUGGGUUGUUUCUGCAGACAGGACUGUUGAGAUCAAGGAGGAAGUGACUGAGCUGGGGUGUGACCAGGCCAAUGAGCGGAUCCUGCAGGAGGAAACGCCACCUUCUAGCAUCACUGAGAGAGAUGAAGGAGAACACGACUCCACUCCAUCACUCCACUGCAAAAACUCUGCUAGUGACAAACUGCAGUGCAUGACACACAGAGAGACAACACCACAAGAUGAACAUUUUAAAGAAUUGAUUGUUAAAAUUCAUCCUGUACAAGUGCCGUUUAUUCAGGAGAGUACAGAGAUUGCACAGUCUGUGUGUGUGAACGAUUCUGAAACCCGGGACAACUUGAAGACCCUGCCUUGUUCUACUGAAGAUGGGAAGAGUUCCCGUCAAUUAGGAUCUCCUAAAACUCACAAGGGGAAUCACAGAGGAGGGACUCCAUUUCUCUGUGCUGAUUGUGGGAAGUGCUUCACUCUAUUAGGAAAUCUUAAAAAACACCAACUAAUUCACACAGGAGAGAAACCUCAUCACUGUAAUACAUGUGAGAAGAGGUUCUCUCGAUCAGAAUAUCUUAAACAUCACCAGCGCAUUCACACAGGAGAGAAACCACACGUCUGUAGUGAUUGUGGGAAGUGCUUCACUCUAUUAGGAAAUCUUAAAAAACACCAACUAAUUCACACAGACGAGAAACCACACCACUGCAAUAAAUGUGAGAAGAGGUUCUCUCGAUCAGAAUAUCUUAAACAUCACCAGCGAAUUCACACUGGAGAGAAACCACACGUCUGUAGUGAUUGUGGGCAGUGCUUCACUACAUUAGGAAAUCUUAAAAAACACCAACUAAUUCACACAGGAGAGAAACCGUACCACUGUAAUACAUGUGAGAAGAGGUUCUCUCGAUCAGAAUAUCUUAAAUAUCACCAGCGACUUCACACAGGAGACAAACCACACCACUGUAAUGAUUGUAGGAAGUGCUCCACUCAAUUAGAAAAUCUUAAAAAACACCAAGAAAUACGCACAGGAGAGAAGCCACACCACUGUAAUGAAUGUGGGAGAAGUUUCACUCACUUAAGAAGUCUUAAAGCACACCAACUAAUUCACACAGGAGAUAAACCACACCGCUGUAAUGAUUGUGGGAAGUGCUUCACUCAAUUAGGAAAUCUUACAAAACACCAACGAAUACACACAGGAGAGAAACCACACCACUGUAAUGAUUGUGGGAGAAGUUUCACUCGAAUAGACAACCUUAAAAUGCACCAGCUCAUUCACACAGAAAAGAAACCACACCACUGCAAUGACUGUGGGAAGAGUUUACCUGAAUUAGGAAAUCUUAAAACACACCAACUAAUUCACACAGCAGCAAAACCCUGAAUGCUGAAUGCUGGGGGACGGACAUUCCUUCACAAAGACUCCUCAGAAGUGUUUAUUGCACAGGCUGCUUUUACACUUUGAAACGGACAAAAGGACACCAUUCCGGUCAUGAGACAUCAGAGCUUCAAACGAAACAGACACUUUGAACACAUUCCAAAGAGGGAGACACUAUUUCACCCCCUCGCUGGUAAGAGAGAGACGUGCCCGGAUGUUUAUCUCGUGGGAGAUGUUGCUUUCCGAUAUCCCACUGACUGAGACUGCAAACAUUAAUUACCACAGUAACUGUUGACUGUGACUUGGCUUCUUCACGUCUAAACCCCUGGAGCAAGGUGUAAACGCUGGGCUUCUCUUUGCAUCCCUCCAGGCUGGACCGCGGAGCAACGCCCAUCGCAGGAUUGGUAUUCUUCUUUCUUAUUCAUAGGACUGCGUUGUUUAGUCCCCUUCCAAUGAAACAUUGAAAUUAAAGAGCCAGAUGUGAGCCUCCAAACCCAUAAAACACCAUGGACAGCAAUUCAAAACUCUGUUCAUAUUUUAAAUGACUCGCUUUAUAUGGAAGCAAAUAUUCUGAAACUGUCAAAUUACAUGUAAGUAAAUAUAUAUGUAUAUUAAACUGGCAUUAUGAAACAUUUGCAAUAAAUGUUAAGGAGGCUGUGUGGUCCAGUGGUUAAAGAAAAGGGCUUGUAACCAGGAGGUCCCUGGUUCAAAUCCCACCUCAGCCACUGACUCAUUGUGUGACCCUGAGCAAGUCACUUAACCUCCUUGUGCUCCGUCUUUCAGGUGAGACGUAGUUGUAAGUGACUCUGCAGCUGAUGCAAGGUUCACACACCCUAGUCUCUGUAAGUCGCCUUGGAUAAAGGCGUCUGCUAAAUAAAACAAAUAAUAAUAAAUAGCGUUAUGUUAAUAGUUUGUAUUACUUGGGAUUGUCUUUCAAUAAAGACAGCAAAGCAAACGUGUGAUCAAUCCAUCAUAGAGUGGAUAGUUAAUUGAUCAAUGGAAAAAUGUCAAGAUUAAAAACCCUAUUCUGAA